UUACCCCUUAACUUCAUCUUUAAUUAUGUGUCUUAUUUCUCUCAUCUAAAUCCACUAUCAGCCCAAAUAUGGGAAUUGAAACCUUGAACGGUGCGAAUUUCUCUUCAUGGAAAGAUUCACUGAUGCUAACUCUUGGCAUGUUGGAUUUUGAUUAUGCCCCUCCUGCCCUCACUGAUAAAAGUACUGCUGAAGAUAAAAUAGUACAUGAGAGAUGGGAGAGGUGCAACAGAAUGGCUCUUAUGCUCAUUAAAAAUUCCAUCAUUAUAAUCAUCAGGGGAGCUAUUCCAGAUUCAUCUAAUGCUAAAAUAUAUCUGGCUUCCGUGGAGGAACAAUUCAAAGCAACUUCUAAGGCACAUGCAAGUACUCUUAUUUUGAAGAUGGUGACUACAAAAUAUGACGGGAAUAGCGGCAUUCGUGAGCACAUCAUGAUGAUGAACGACAUGGCCCGCAAGCUCAAGGGAUUAGACAUGGAGAUCAGUGAAGGUUUUCUGGUGCACUUCAUAAUGACUUCUCUUCCUGCAUCUUUUGAAGCUUUCAAGGUCAACUACAACACCCAGAAGGUCAAGUGGUCGAUGAAUGAGUUGAUUGCUAUAAGGAGUGAUAAUUUAGAAGUGGUUGGUUAUUCUGAUUCUGAUUUUGCUAAGUGCAAAGAUGACAAGAAAUCCACUUCAGGGUAUAUCUUUAUGUUAGCUGGCGGACCUAUCUCGUGGAAGAGUCAUAAGCAAGAGUUGACUGCAACUUCUACAAUGAUGGCAGAAUACAUUGCGCUGUACAACGCAACCUGUCAUGGGAUGUUGCUUAGAAACCUCAUUACUGGACUCAAAGUAGUUAAUUCCAUCUCUCGACCAUUGAAGCUUUAUUGUGAUAACUCAGCCGCCGUUAGUUUCUCGAACAGUAACAGUUUGACUGGCGCUGCUUUAUAUCUUGAUACAAAGUACUUGUUCGUACGUGAGCGAGUUGAGGAAAAUAAACUUUGUAUUGAGCAUAUAAGUACAAAGAAUAUGCUUGCGGAUCCGAUGACUAAAGGUCUCCCUCCUAAGAUUUUCGAAGAACAUGUUUCGAAGAUGGGGUUAUCUAAAGACCUUAUUUAGUUGCAUAUUGUACUUGCUUACAUUUAAUAAUAAAAUUUCCUCAUUGUUUUGUUUGUUUUGUCUCUGAAUGUGUCUAUGCAUGCCUAAAGACAUAUAGACAACAUUUAUGUACAAUUGAAUAUCGAUAUCCUUAGCUAUGCAUAUUGUACUUGCUUACAUUUAUGUACAAUUGAAUAUCGAUAUCCUUAGCUAUGCAUAUUGUACUUGCAUAUUGUACAUUUAUGUGUCUAUGCAUAUUGUACUUGCUUACAUUUAAUAAUAAAAUUUCCUCAUUGUU